GUGGAUGUUGACGGAGCCUUAGUUAGAGCAGGAAGAGGUUCGCUUUUAACUUCAAGUUCGUGGAGGGUUUUCACCACCCGGAUCUCUAAAUGGGUCCCGUCGCCUAGCGUCGCCCAAAAGAGAGCUGCUGUUGUUCUGGAUGCCGCGGCUUGUUUCCGUUCAGCGGGUUUUGUGUCAAGCGCGCGUUUCCCGAGGAUCAUCUCAAGAAUGGCAGCGAUCCCGUCCAGCGGCUCCCUCGUCGCCACCCACGACUACUACCGAAGACGUCUGGGAUCGACAUCCAGCAGCAGCUCGUGUGGAAGCUCCGAGUACAUAGGGGAGGUGAUUCCACACCAUCCAGGUCUGCCCAAGCAAGACUCCGGGCACUGGUGGUCCAGCUUCUUUUUUGGGAAGCAGAACCAGCCAGGGACUGCCACCGGGACAGAACCCCAGCAGAAGACAGGAGUACUCAGCGUGACCAAUGGACAGGUGACCUGUGUAGUCAAAGACAUGGAGAUGAUGAGGCAGCUCAGCAAAUCCAGUGAUUCUGGAAAGACCGAGGCCAAGAAUCCACCACCUUCUUGAACUCGAGUCUAAGGUCAACGUUAGGAGAUGGGAGAUGGCUCUAUUUUUAUCUCUAGAGCAGGCUGCUUAAGUUAUGAUUUAAAUUUUUUUUUGUGACCAAAUGUUUUUUGGGGAAUAUAACAGCAGUCGAUGCAUUUGUAUUUUUUUUUCCCCCCACUUUGUCUUCUUGUUACUUGCGGGCGAAUAAAGUAUUUUAAAGCAGCCCA